UGAAAUAAUUUUUUUUUUCCAGAUUCAUGAUAUAGUAAGAUAAAGGAGUUCAGUUCAUCCCUCUAUAUGCUUCUGUAGUAUGGUUAAGUGAAAAGAAAAACGCAAUGUUUGUAUGACUCAGAGUGACAGUACAAGAUGACAAGUUUGCAAGAUGAAGCGAUCGUCGAGGAUGCCCAGACGAUUGAGCUUCACAUGAUGGAGAUGAGAAAAUACUUGCCUAUGAUUGGCUGUAGUAGCUUGUUUAUGAGAACGGUCCUUUAUCCAUACGGAGUUAUCAAAACGAGGCUUCAGAUACAAUCGGGUAAAGACGUUUACAAAGGGACUUGGGAUGCUGUUAAGAGUAUAUCACGGACAGAAGGAAUAAGGGGGUUUUAUCCAGGUUUUGGAGUUUAUUGUUUCACAAUAUUUCCGGGUAUGUGCUAUAUAAGUUCGUAUGAAGGUGUUCGCCAUUAUAUGAAUACAAAUACCAAUUGGAAUCAGGGUUGGUUGAAAUCUCUAGUUGGUGGCGGUAUUGCCUCAAUAGUAGGACAGACUCUAGUUGUGCCAAUAGAUAUUGUAAACCAGCAUAUCAUGUUGUUAGAUAGGCGUAAAAAAACAACUUCCUCAAACAAUGUCCGAAAGAAGGAAGCGAGGGAAAAGUUAAGGACCUUGCAAGAAAUUCACAUUCCGGAUGAAUUACGACAGAGACGGUUUGGGACUGUUAGAGCUGUGAUAUCACAUGUAUAUACUGCGGAUGGAUUGCUAGGAUUUUAUAAGGGGUACUUUGUUUCGAUAGCAACAUUUGCCCCCAACAGUGCAUUGUGGUGGUUCUUCUAUGAAGCAUACAAAGAGAAAUUGUUGUCUGUGAUACCAGAAAUUGUGCCAAGAUUGUUUGUGAUGUCAUGUGUAGCAGCUCCACUGGCUGGAGUGUCGUCUGCAGCACUGACUAAUGGGGUAGAUGUUGUCAGAGUUAGGAUUCAGGUGAAAGGUGGAACAGUGCAAGAGACGUUGUCCACAUUGUUGCGAGAGGAAGGCUACAAGUUCUGGUGGAAAGGUCUGUCUGCAAGAUUGCUUCAGAGUUGUGUCUCCUCAGUAUUGAUUCUCAGUCUUUAUGAACCACUCAAGAGAUGGAGUCUCAAAGAGGAAUUCAGGGACUGUGUUAAGUGGUGAUAGUUGUUUUUAGGAUAUAGAUUAAUGCUCUUAGAUAUCUUAAAAAAUCAAAGCUUUUUCGGUUUAUGUCUCAGGAAAAUUUGGAUAGAGAUAUAUACCAAAGGUUUAUUCUUUGUCUGCUAGAUAAACUUUUUUUAGGGUAAUUGAUACAAGAUUUAAUAAUUUUUAGCUUGACUAUUCGAAGAAUAGGGGAGCUAUCCUACUCACUCCCGGCGUCUGCGUGAGCGUUAGCGUGAGCGUCGCACAAAUGUUAAAGUUUGCGUACCACCCCAAAUAUUUUCAAAGUCCAUUGAGAUAUUGCUUUCAUAUUUUGCGUACUUGUUUACCAUCAUGACCCCAGUCUGUAAAAAGGAGGAGGCAACUCUAUCAAGCAUUUUGACUGAAUUAUGGCCCCUUUUCAACUCAGAAGAUGCUUAUUGUAAUGUUAAAGUUUUACUCAUAGCUUAUACUAUCAAGCACUGAGAAUAGUCGAGCGCACUGUCCACUGACAGCUCUUGUUAUUAAUCCAUUGAUUUUCUUGUUAGCUCACUAACGACUCAGGGUGAGUUAAGUCAUUGUAUAGGUGUAUACUGGUGUCCAUUUUCCAGCAUCAGUUUUUCUCCUUUUUAGCUCACCUGUCACAUAGUGACAAGGUGAGCUUUUGUGAUCACCCUUCGUCCGUCCGUCCGUCAACAAUUUCUUGUCUGCACGAUAGUGGUUUCAUUUAUGAAUUUAUUUUAACCAAACUUGCACACAACUUGUAUCACCAUAAGAUCUCGGUUCCUUUCUUGAACUGGCCAGAUCCCAUUAUGGGUUCCAGAGUUAUGGCCCCUGAAAGGGCCAAAAUCAGCUAUUUUGACCUUGUCUGCACAAUAGCAGCUUUAUUUAUGAUUUGAUUUUUACCAAACUGGCACACAACUUGUAUCACUAUAAGAUCUUGGUUCCUUUCUUGAACUGGCCAGAUUUCAUUAUGGGUUCCAGAGUUAUGGCCCCUGAACGGGCCAGAAUUAGCUAUUUUGACCUUGUCUGCACGAUAGCAGCUUCAUUUAUGAUUUGAUUUUAACCAAACUUGCGCACAUCUUGUAUCACUGUAAGAUCUUGAUUCCUUUCUUGAACUGGCUAGAUUCCUUUAUGGGUUCCAGAGUUAUGGCCCCUGAAAGGGGCCAGAAUUAGCUAUUUUGACCUUGUCUGCACAAUAGCAGCUUCAUUUAUGAUUUGAAUUUAAUCAAACUUGCACAAAACUUGUGUUGCCAUAAGAUAUCAGUUCCUUUGUUGAACCGGCCAGAUCCCAUAAUGGGUUCCAGAGUUAUGGCCCCUGAAAGGGCCAGAAUUAGCUAUUUUGACCUUGUCUGCACAAUAGCAACUUCAUUUAUGAUUUGAUUUUAACCAAACUUGCACACAACUUGAAUAACCACAAGAUCUUGAUUCCUUUAUUGAACUGGCCAGAUUCCAUCAUGGGUUCCAGAGUUAUGGCCCCUUAAAGGUCCAAAAUUGGCUAUUUUGGCUUUUGCAGCCAUAUAGAGACUUCAUUUAUGGUUUUAUUAUGUCUCCCCCAGGAGACAUAUUGUUUUUGCCCUGUCCUUCCAUCCGUCCGUCCUUCCGUCCGUAUGUCACACUUCAUUUCCGAGCAAUAACUGGAGAACCAUUUGACCUAGAACCUUCAAACUUCAUAGGGUUGUAGGGCUGCUGGAGUAGACGACCCCUAUUGUUUUUGGGGUCACUCAGCCAAAGGUCAAGGUCACGGGCCUGAACAUUGAAAACCAUUUCCGAUCAAUAACUAGAGAACCACUUGACCCAGAAUGUUGAAACUUCAUAGGAUGAUUGGCCAUGAAGAGUAGAUGACCCCUAUUGAUUUUGGGGUCACUCCAUCAAAGGUCAAGGUCACAGGGGCCUGAACAUUGAAAACCAUUUUCGAUCAAUAACUAGAGAACCACUUGACCCAGAAUGUUGAAACUUCAUAGGAUGAUUGGUCAUGAAGAGAAGAUGACCCCUAUUGAUUUUGGGGUCACUCCAUCAAAGGUCAAGGUCACAGGGGCCUGAACAUGGAAAACCAUUUCCGGUCAGUAACUUGAGAACCACUUGACCCAGAAUGUUGAAACUUAAUAGGAUGAUUGGUCAUGCAGAGUAGAUGAUCCCUAACGAUUUUGGGGUCACUCUGUGAAAGGUCAAGGUCACAGGGGCCUGAACAUGGAAAACCAUUUCCAAUCAAUAACUUGAGAACCUCUCGACCCAGAAUGUUGAAACUUCAUAGGAUCAUUGUUCAUGCAGAGUAAAUGACCCCUAUUGUUUUUGGGGUCACUCCGUUAAAGGUCAAGGUCACAGAGGCCUGAACAUUGAUAACCAGUUCCGAUCAAUAACUUGAGAACCACUUUACCCAGAAUGUUGAAACUUCAUAGGAUGAUUGAACAUGCAGAGUAGAUGACCCUUAUUGAUUUUGGGGUAAGUCUAUUAAAGGUCAAGGUCACAGUGGCCUGUUCAUGUAAAAUCAUUUUUUGGAAAUAACUUGAGAACCACUUGACCUACAAUGUUGAAACUUAAUAGGAUGAUUGGACAUGCAGAGUAGAUGACCCCUAUUUAUUUUGAGGUCACUUGAUCAAAGGUCAAGGUCACAGGAGCCUGAACAGUGACUUGAGAACCACUAGGCCAAGAGUGUUGAAAUUUAGCGGGAUGACUGGACAUGCCAAGUACAUGAUCCCUAUUGCAGCCAACCAUCAGUGUCUCUUUGACCUUCGCUCCUGACCCCUAUUGACUUCUUGCCUGUAGGACUUUGCAUUUGGGGAGACAUGCGCUUUUUAGCUCACCUGUCACAAAGUGACAAGGUGAGCUUUUGUGAUCGCGCGGUGUCCGUCGUCCGUCCGUGCGUCCGUAAACUUUUGCUUGUGACCACUCUAGAGGUCACAUUUUUCAUGGGAUCUUUAUGAAAGUUGGUCAGAAUGUUCAUCUUGAUGAUAUCUAGGCCAAGUUCGAAACUGGGUCACGUGCCAUCAAAAACUAGGUCAGUAGGUCUAAAAAUAGAAAAACCUUGUGACCUCUCUAGAGGCCAUAUAUUUCACAAGAUCUUCAUGAAAAUUGGUCAGAAUGUUCACCUUGAUGAUAUCUAGGUCAAGUUUGAAACUGGGUCACGUGGGGUCAAAAACUAGGUCAGUAGGUCUAAAAAUAGAAAAACCUUGUGACCUCUCUAGAGGCCAUAUUUUUCAUGAGAUCUUCAUGAAUAUUGGUCAGAAUGUUUAUCUUGAUGAUAUCUAGGUCAAGUUCGAAACUGGGUCACGUGGGGUCAAAAAUUAGGUCAUUAGGUCUAAAAAUAGAAAAACUUUGUGACCUCUCUAGAGGCCAUAUUUCUCAAUGCAUCUUCAUGAAUAUUGGUCAGAAUGUUCAUCUUGAUGAUAUCUAGGUCAAGUUCGAAACUGGGUCACGUGGGGUUAAAAACUAGGUCAGUAGAUCUAAAAAUAGAAAAACCUUGUGACCUCUCUAGUGGCCAUAUUUCUCAAUGGAUCUUCAUGAAAAUUGGUCAGAAUGUUCACCUUGAUGAUAUCUAGGUCAAGUUCGAAACUGGGUCAUGUGCGGUCAAAAACUAGGUCAGUAGGUCUAAAAAUAGGAAAACCUUGUGACCUCUCUAGAGGCGAUAUUUUUCAAUGGAUCUUCAUGAAAAUUGGUCAGAAUGUUUACCUUGAAGAUAUCUAGGUCAAGUUCGAAACUGGGUCACGUGGGGUUAAAAACUAGGUCAGUAGAUCUAAAAAUAGAAAAACCUUGUGACCUCUCUAGAGGCCAUAUUUUUCAUGAGAUCUUCAUGAAUAUUGGUCAGAAUGUUCAUCUUGAUGAUAUCUAAGUCAGAUUCAAAACUGGGUCACGUGGGGUCAAAAACUAGGUCAGUAGGUCUAAAAAUAGAAAAAACCUUGUGACCUCUCUAGUGGCCAUAUUUCUCAAUGGAUCUUCAUGAAAAUUGGUGAGAAUGUUCAGCUUGAUGAUAUCUAGGUCAGGUUCGUAACUGGGUCAUGUGCGGUUAAAAACUAGGUCAGUAGGUCAAAAAAUAGGAAAACCUUGUGACCUCUCUAGAGGCCAUAUUUUUCACGAGAUCUUCAUGAAAAUUGGUGAGAAUGUUCACCUUGAUGAUAUCUAGGUCAAGUUUAAAAAUGGGUCACGUGCCUUCAAAAACUAGGUCAUUAGGUCAAAUAAUAGAAAAACCUUGUGACCUCUCUAGAGGCCAUAUUUUUCAAUAGAUCUUGAUGAAAAUUGGUCAGAAUUUUUUAUCUUGAUGAUAUCUAGGUCACAUAUGCUCAAAAACUAGGUCACUAUGUCAAAUAAUAGAAAUAACGAUGGCAUACUCAGUUGAACACUGGGUCAUGUGGAGAUAGGUGAGCGAUUCAGGACCAUCAUGGUCCUCUUGUUUACAAAAGCAUUUUCUAGUUUGAUACAAACUUCUAAGAUAUCUUCAACAACAAUAAAUCUUGGAUUCCAUGACAAAUCAGAUCCAAUCAUAGGUUCCAGAGUUAUUUUAUAUCUGAUUACCUCCCCUGAUUGUAGUCAAAAUGGAUUUAUAUCAGUAAGUCCUUAUAGGACUUAUUUGAAAUUUCAUUAUUGUCAUUAGUUGGACUGAGCCAAUCAGGGUAGAUAACUAUGGACUGAUUUGAUGUCAAAUUACCUCCCUUUAUUUCAAAUUAAAAUGGGUAUAUCUCCGUAACUAGUGAAGAUACUGAUCUGAAAUUUCAUUUAUGUCAACAGAUUUAUUUGGCAGAUCCUUCUUUUGUUCACUUACAAUAAUUUUCCUUUUAAUUGCUUCCCUUUAACGUUACUAUAAAUAGCUUAUUUUUAGUAACUUUUUUAUUAUUGGCCGUAGGGAAAAACCGAGACCACUUUUCUGUGGUACAACAUGGAUAAUACCUCCAAUUUUUAGGUGUAUUUUGAUAUAUCUAUACCUUGUAAGAAUUGUUUUUUUCUUUUUGGUUAAAUUUCUUUCCUUUGUUGUUCCUGUCCUUUGGACUUAGAUAUUUUUUCUGAGGACCUUCUUGUCCUCAAGUGCAAUGAUAACAGGUGAGCGAUAUAGGGCCAUCAUGGCCCUCUUGUUUGAUAUCCCUGCAAAAACAUCUCUCAAGCUCGUUAACUAAUCUAAACCACCGCACAUAGUGGCUAGGAAUAGGAAAAACAACCUCAUGAACAGCUUAACAGCUUGGACCUUCACCAAUCUUGGUCUGUAAAAUCAUUGUAAUGACCAGCUCAUGUUUGUUUAAGUGGAUCAACGGGGACCAAAUUUUGACCAAGAUCAAGAGUCGGCAUUUUAUAAGUAAAAAUGUAAUAAGUAUUUGUUACCAAAAAAGAAUACCUAAGAGGUAAAACAUUUUACAUAAAGCUUUGAUUAGUGUCCCCUACAAACUUCGUUUAAAGCAGGUCUUUGGUACCAAAUUGUCAUCACUUUUGACAGUUUUCAUUUUGAGUUACUUAAAGAAAACUAAAGAAAAUGUUUUUUUCUCCAGAAGUUAAAACUGCAGUAAGAUAUAUUACAUGGAAUAUUUGUAAGAAGUCCAGUGGCAAGUUAUUGUCCAAGCCGGGUUGUGGGACUAGAUUUGUGGUCACCACAAGCGUCAGCCUUUAACAAAUUGGUGGAUAAGGAAAACUUUAAAACAAAUCUUCACCUCCAAAACUGCAAGGCUUAAAGACCCUAUGUUUUGCUCAAAGCAUUAGCUGGUGCUACUGUACCAUGUAUAUUAUAUCAUGGUCACUGGGCUCAGAUUUGGAGCAAUCAGAAUGUGUUUUACAUUAAACUUCAUAAGGAAACCUGUAAAGAUUCCCCACAAAUUUUUUAAGUCAUGUUUCUUAAGCCAUCACAUGGGCACAAACUGAUGCUAGGAAAACUAAAUGUAUUUCAUAAGUUUUAAGAAGGAAAUUUUAUGAAUAGCAAAACCUUACAAAUACCUCUUCAGGUGAGUGGCUUGGGCCAAAAUGGAUGUCUUGUAUAAAACAGUUACCAGAAUAUAUUGUUUCAAAUGUGUGAUUGUUCAAAGUUUUACAUUUAUUUAACACUAUUCGCUCACAAUGUCUGUAGUAGUUUUGUUAAUUAGAAUCAAUUAAACAAAUGUCUCGUCUUAGAUGAUGUCUAAUUACAGUUAGAUACUUCUGUAAACUGUUUUUGAAGCAUAACUAUAUAGCGAAAGUUUUACCCUCGUGAAAAUUUCUGCUUUUACAGUGAGCAGUCAUGUAAUAACAAAUAUGAGUGUAUGAAAAUUUGUGCAAUUGAUUGGUUUGUAGUGACACACUUAAUUUUGCUGGGAUCUGCUUGUACCAGUUUUAAAAAAAUACUUCUGAUAUCAAGUUAGUAGCAUAACACAUAUUGUUUGGCUUGCUGGGCAGUUAUCAAAACGAUUUGCUAUUGGUCCUUUGAACCUCAGGGCAAUAGUUUUAACCAUAUUUGCAAGUCAUUUAAUAAGUCUGUACUGUUAUAUUUUGUAAUACUGAUAUGUUAUAAUUACAUUUUGAUUAUUUUUAUUCAUAUAUCUCUCUAUCUCAUAUAUACUCUAGAGGUUCAGAUGAAUAGUACUCCAGGGAAUUUGUGCUUGUUGUAAUCAGAAUGCCCAAUGGUCACUAGUAUAGUAUAGUCAAGACCAUGCUAGAAUCCAUCAGUGAACAGUGACACAUAGACUACCUGACCUAAAAACACUAGUUUCAUUUCUGUUUAAACAGUCAGAGAAUAUAUUAUUGUGUGAGUAAUGACCUUUUUCAAAUCACAAACAUGUAUCCAUUUUCCCAGGUCUGGUCUGUAUACUUAGGUAUAUGAGUUUGACAGUCUUGUUUUUUCUCUAAGAUGAUAUUAGUAUUCAGUCUGAAAAGUUUGUUGAAAAUAUUUUAUGUGCAUUUAAUUUAUUAUGUAAAUGUAAAAUAUGUUGUUAGCAGUUUUAAAACUAAUUUUAAAAUAACUGUUUAAGUUGCAAGUGCUUUUGAAACUUGCAAUGUUCAGGAAACCGAAGAGGGUAUGCAUGGCACUUUGUUGUUUUACUGUGUCUCAAAUAGUGAUUGCUGUGACAUUCAACAGAGUAAACGAUAUGUUGUUGAUUGAUUGGGUUUUAUAUGUAUACUAAAUUCUUGUUAGAAAUUUUCAUAUUUGCACAUUUUAUGUUUUUACAUUUUUAGCCCUAGCACAGUCAUUUGUACAAUUAAAUCUUCAUUUUAAA